CAAAGUUUGAUAAAGACAAUUAGAAGAAAAGAUCACAGAGAGAAUCAGGAGAGAAAUGGAUCAACCACAGCCGCAGCCGCCGCCGCCGCCGCCCCCUCCGAGGAGUCACCGCCUUAUUACCCUCGUACUGAAGCCCCUGACCAUCAUCUUUCUAUUGGCGGCACUAGUUGUCCUCACCACCGAUACUGGGACCUUUGAUUAUUUCGAGCUCGACGGCGAGUGUAUUCAUUUCAACGACAUACGCAGUUACAAGGACAUAUACAGUUACCGGUACUUACUCGGUACAUGUGUAAUCGGAAUGGCAUACACACUAUUACAAAUUGUAUUGUCAUUUUAUCAUAUCAGCACCGGAAAGCUUUUAAGCAGUCCGACUUUUGAUUUCUACGGUGACAAGGUUCUAUCUUAUACACUGGUAACUGGGGCUGCUGCAGGAUUUGGUGCUACCAGUGAUAUGCGAAAUAACAAAAUAAAUCCUAAAUGGAAAUGAGACUAAUAUCAUUUUGACCCUUGCAUCACAAAAGCUGCAAUCUGUUGGAGUUGUGAUUCAGAUAGUUUAAUCCCAGAAACAUUUUCGUUUUCGCUUCCUGCAUUCUUGUAUUCAUUAACUUGAUUCUACAAAUCUUCAACCAAAUUGUGUAACUAGUUAAUUAAAUCGUCUUGCAUUUUUAUAGUAUCACCCAAAUUUGAAAUCCUCUUCUCCAGAUCAUCAGCACGUUUUGUCACCUGUUCUUCACAUGCUUUAAUUAAUUCUUGUUCCAUAU